AAAAAAAAAAUUACACAAAACAGAAACACAAAAAACAGCUACAGAGAGGGAAGGACAAAAAAAAAAUUCAAUCUUUGGAGAGAGAAGUGAAGAAAAACUUGAACUUUAGAGGGAGAGGUGGGAUAAAAACUCAAACUUUAGAGAGAGAAGGGGGAAAAACUUAAACUUUAGAGAGAGAAAGGGGGGGAAAAAGAGAAAAAAACUGAACUUUGUGGUGAGAGUGGGAGAGGAGUUGAAGGGUCUGUGGGGUUGGAUUGGAUGAGUUGAAGUUGAAGAAGAUUAUCAAGAUCUUCUUCUUUGGUGUUAUCGAAUGGCAGCACCGGUUAACAUAAUUGUAGGUUCCCAUGUAUGGGUUGAAGAUCCCGUUUUGGCAUGGAUUGAUGGAGAAGUUACUCGGAUCAACGGUCAAGAGGUUCAUGUUAAUUGCCAAAAUGGGAAGAAAAUUGUUACGAAUAUAUCCAAAGUGUUCCCUGAGGACACUGAAGCACCGCCUGGUGGUGUCGAUGAUAUGACAAAACUUUCAUAUUUGCAUGAACCUGGAGUUCUACAGAACCUGGCCACUAGAUAUGAACUUAAUGAAAUUUACACAUACACCGGCAAUAUCCUGAUAGCAGUUAAUCCAUUUCAAAGAUUGCCUCAUCUGUAUGAUACUCACAUGAUGGAACAAUACAAGGGAGCUGCAUUGGGGGAGCUAAGUCCUCAUGUGUUUGCAGUUGGAGAUGCCGCAUACAGGGCGAUGAUUAAUGAAGGAAAAAGCAAUUCUAUUCUCGUAAGUGGAGAAAGUGGAGCUGGUAAAACCGAGACAACCAAGAUGCUUAUGAGAUAUCUUGCCCACUUGGGUGGGCGCUCUGGAGUAGAAGGAAGAACAGUAGAACAACAAGUUCUAGAGUCCAACCCAGUUCUUGAAGCAUUUGGCAAUGCUAAAACAGUGAGGAAUAACAACUCAAGUCGUUUUGGAAAAUUUGUCGAAAUCCAGUUUGACAAAAAUGGGAGAAUAUCUGGGGCAGCUGUUAGAACUUAUCUUCUUGAAAGGUCUCGUGUUUGCCAAAUUUCUGAUCCAGAGAGAAAUUACCAUUGCUUUUAUCAUCUUUGUGCAGCACCACCUGAGGACAAUGCUAAGUAUAAAUUGGGGAACCCAAAAUCUUUUCAUUAUCUAAAUCAGUCAAACUGUUAUGAGCUGGAUGGUGUAAAUGAUGCUCAUGAGUAUCUAGCUACCAGAAGGGCUAUGGAUAUAGUUGGAAUCAGUGACCAAGAACAAGAGUCAAUUUUCAGGGUUGUGGCUGCAAUUCUUCAUCUUGGUAAUAUUGAUUUUGCCAAGGGAAAGGAGAUUGACUCUUCUGUCAUCAAGGAUGAAAAGUCUAGAUUCCAUCUUAAUAUGACAGCAGAACUUCUUAGGUGUGAUGCUCAGAGUUUAGAAGAUGCUCUAAUUAAACGUGUAAUGGUUACACCAGAAGAAGUUAUUACAAGGACUCUUGACCCUGUCAACGCAGUUGCAAGCAGAGAUGCUUUAGCUAAGACGUUAUAUUCUCGCUUAUUUGACUGGAUUGUGGAAAAAAUUAACGUUUCAAUUGGACAGGAUCCAAAUUCGAAGUCAAUAAUUGGAGUUCUUGAUAUUUAUGGUUUUGAAAGUUUUAAGGUCAAUAGUUUUGAGCAGUUCUGCAUCAAUUUCACUAAUGAAAAGUUGCAACAACAUUUCAAUCAGCAUGUGUUUAAAAUGGAGCAGGAAGAAUAUAGUAGAGAAGAGAUAGAUUGGAGCUACAUCGAGUUUGUUGAUAACCAAGAUGUGUUGGAUCUGAUUGAAAAGAAACCUGGAGGAAUAAUUGCGCUCUUAGAUGAAGCCUGCAUGUUUCCCAAGUCUACACAUGAAACAUUUGCACAGAAGCUGUACCAGACUUUUAAAAAUAAUAAACGUUUUAUCAAACCGAAGCUCUCCCGCACUGAUUUUACUAUAUCACACUAUGCAGGAGAGGUGGCAUAUCAAGCCAAUCACUUUUUGGACAAAAACAAAGAUUAUGUUGUGGCUGAACACCAAGCUUUGUUGACUGCUGCAAAGUGCUCUUUUGUGGCAGGUCUCUUUCCGCCGCUUCCAGAGGAAACAUCAAAAUCAUCCAAAUUCUCUUCCAUAGGAUCACGUUUCAAGUUACAACUUCAAUCUCUGAUGGAGACCUUGAGUGCGACGGAACCUCACUACAUCAGAUGUGUAAAGCCAAAUAAUGUUCUAAAGCCUGCUAUUUUUGAGAAUUUCAAUGUCAUUCAACAAUUACGCUGUGGUGGUGUUCUUGAGGCAAUUAGGAUCAGUUGUGCAGGAUAUCCUACCAGGCGUACCUUUUAUGAGUUCCUGAAUCGUUUUGGUUUACUUGCUCCUGAAGUUUUGGAGGGAAACUAUGAUGAUAAGGUUGCAUGCCAGAUGAUUCUUGAUAAAAAAGGACUCAAAGGAUACCAGAUAGGUAAAGCAAAGGUUUUCCUGAGAGCUGGUCAGAUGGCUGAGUUGGAUGCUAGGAGGGCAGAGGUGCUGGGUAAUGCAGCCAGAACCAUUCAACGGCAAUCCCGUACCUAUAUUGCUCGCCGAGAGUUCAUCUCAUUGCGUAAUGCUGCUAUUAUGUUGCAAUCUUAUCUGCGAGGUGAAACGGCUCGUAAACUGUAUGAACAGUUGCGACGGGAAGCUGCCGCUCUGAAGAUCCAGAAGAAUUUCCGGCUAUAUGUUGCCAGGACGUCAUAUUUAACAGUUAGGUCAGCUGCAAUAACAUUGCAGACAGGCUUAAGAGCAAUGGUUGCACGCAAUGAGUUUAGGUUUAGGAGGCAAACUAAAGCUGCUAUCAUUAUCCAGGCUCACUGGCGUUGUCACCAAACUUAUUCUUAUUAUAAGAGACUUCAGAGAGCAAUUAUUGUUUCUCAGUGUGGCUGGAGGUGUAGGGUUGCCAGAAGAGAGCUCAGAAUGCUUAAAAUGGCUGCUAGAGAGACAGGAGCUCUUAAGGAAGCAAAGGAUAAGCUCGAAAAGCGUGUGGAGGAACUUACCUGGCGUUUGCAAAUUGAAAAGCGAUUAAGGACUGAUCUUGAGGAAGCAAAAGCCCAAGAAAUGGCUAAGUUGCAGGAUGCAUUGCAUGCUAUGCAAUCUAAAGUUGAAGAGGCUAAUGCUAUGGUUAUCAAAGAACGAGAGGCGGCUCGAAAAGCCAUUAAGGAAGCUCCUCCUGUCAUUAAAGAAACCCCUGUUAUAGUUCAAGAUACUGAAAAGAUUAAUUCAUUAACAGCUGAAGUUGAAAACCUGAAGGCUUUGCUGCGAUCGAAAACACAAGCAGCAGAAGAGGCAAAACAAGCUCAUGCAGCUGCUGAGGUGAAAAAUAAGGAACUAAUCAAGAAGCUUGAAGAUUCAGAGAAGAAAGUUGACCAUCUUCAGGAUUCAACACAGAGACUAGCAGAGAAGGUUUCUAAUUUGGAAUCAGAGAAUCAAGUACUCCGCCAACAAGCACUUGCGAUAUCACCAACUGGUAGAGCAUUAAGUGCAAGGCCAAAAACAACAAUCAUUCAGAGAACUGAGAAUGGAAAUGUGCUAAAUGGAGAAAUGAGGAAAUUGCCGGAUUCAGUACUUGCUGUAUCUAGUCUACGGGAAGUGGAAACUGAAGAAAAGCCCCAAAAAUCUCUUAAUGAGAAGCAACAGGAGAAUCAGGACCUUCUUAUUAAAUGUGUUUCACAAGAUCUUGGGUUCUCUGGGGGAAAGCCUGUUGCUGCUUGUCUGAUAUAUAAGUGCCUUCUUCAUUGGAGGUCAUUUGAGGUUGAUAGAACCAGUGUCUUUGACCGUAUUAUUCAAACAAUAAGUGCUGCAAUAGAUGUCCAAGAUAACAAUGACAAAUUGUCCUAUUGGUUAUCAAACUCAUCCACACUGCUGUUGCUACUUCAACGCACGUUGAAAGCAAGUGGAGCAGCAAGCUUAACUCCACAGCGACGGCGAUCAACAACAACUUCUCUACUUGGAAGAAUGUCUCAAGGAUUUCGAGCUUCUCCACAAAGUGCUGGUUUCUCAUUCCUUCAAAGUCGUAUGCUUGGUGGAAUAGAUGACUUGCGACAAGUUGAAGCGAAGUAUCCAGCUUUGCUUUUUAAACAACAACUCACAGCCUUCCUUGAGAAGAUAUAUGGAAUGAUAAGAGACAAUUUGAAAAAAGAAAUAUCCCCAUUGCUUGGAUUGUGUAUCCAGGCACCUAGGACAUCACGGGCUAGUUUAGUGAAUAGACGUGCCCAAGCUAAUGCUGUAGCUCAACAGGCUCUGAUUGCACACUGGCAAAGCAUUGUGAAAAGCCUAAAUAAUUACUUGAAGAUAAUGAGAGCAAACUAUGUUCCUUCAUUCCUAGUUCGCAAGGUUUUUACACAAAUAUUCUCAUUUAUCAAUGUCCAAUUGUUUAACAGUCUUCUUCUACGUCGUGAAUGUUGCUCAUUUAGCAAUGGGGAGUAUGUUAAAGCUGGGCUGGCUGAGCUGGAACAGUGGUACCAUGAAGCAACGGAGGAGUUUGCAGGGUCAGCAUGGGAUGAGCUAAGGCAUAUUAGACAAGCAGUCGGCUUUCUGGUCAUUCAUCAGAAGCCCAAGAAGACAUUGAAAGAAAUAACAAAUGAUCUUUGCCCGGUUCUUAGCAUACAGCAACUUUACAGGAUCAGUACAAUGUACUGGGAUGACAAAUAUGGUACACACAGCGUAUCUUCGGAUGUUAUCUCAACUAUGAGAGUGAUGAUGACUGAGGACUCAAACAAUGCUGUCAGCAGUUCCUUUUUACUGGACGACGACUCAAGCAUCCCAUUCACGGUGGACGAUAUUUCCAAGUCGAUAGAACAAAUAGAGAUAGCCGACAUUGACCCUCCACCUCUAAUACGUGAAAAUUCAAGCUUCACAUUCUUAUUACAACGAUCAGAAUGAAAACGAACGAACGAGCCACUAUAGUCCUCAUUGACACCUCCAAGGAUGAUGAAGUCCUGCAAAACUUGUGCAUAUACAUGGCUUUCUCUAGUCCAAUUUGUAAUUAUAAUAGAAUAUCCCAUGAAGCAAAUAUCAAUUUGGCCAAUUCUUUUUAUUGUUCAUUGUUAUUCUUUUCUGGGUUCUUGCCUUUUCACAAAUUUUUUGCUGGUUUUAGUGUGUUUAUUUUCUAGAAUCCAGCUGCUAGUUAUAGACUUAUAGGGAUUGUUCUUGUUCAAUUUGGUUACUUCAAACUCUUGUAAUUUGUAACAGUAGCCGCGUUUUAUAGGCGAAUUCAAUAUCAAAGUUUAUGUAAUAUGAUUUAUACAA